AUGUCUUCACUCCUGAAGCAGCGGAUAUCGUCGCCACUCGAGGCUGGCCCCUCUAUUCUAGACUCGCAAAGCAUUCCGACACACCUCACCGAAGCCCUCGAGUAUGCCUCCAAGAGGCUGUCACGCAAGGCCAUUCACAUCACUCUCAUUGUUGUCCGCAAGGACCACCAGCUCCCAUCAUCGACGCUGCCAUGUGCUACACCACCGGCCUCGCCCGAGUUCUCCUGGUCGUCUGGUCCCCUGUCGCCCACACGCCUCACAUCGCAAGUAGCUGGACUCAAGCAGCUGGUGCGCCGCGGAACGGGUGGAUCUGUCAGCUCGACCUCUACAGCUUCUUCUUCCAAUACAUCUGAGGCCUCUUUCACAAGGGGCGCAGUCACAUCGCCGAGUUUUGCUUCAACACCCGCGACUCCAUGCACACCCGCCACGCCCUACUCGGCGACCACUUGUACAUCCACCUCGUCGUCAUCGUCGGCAUCAUCGACGGCAUCCGCUGGUGGCCCAAACCCUUUUGGUGUCCGUCUCAUCCACGCAACACCCCUCUCAUCCAGAGAGGAAUACCACCUACGCCGCGCCAUCACCAAGGCCGAGCGCAAGUUCCAAACCGGCACGGGCUUUCUUCCCCCGCCUUCUUCGGCGUCAUCAUGUGGCCUGAACCGCGACCUGGUCCGACGGUGUCUGCGCCAGAACGAGGUCCUCUUCUCCGCCGAGGGCCUGACCCUACUGGGUCUUGACCGUUUGUACGCCUUCAAGUCGGCCUUGGCGGCAUACGCGCGCACGACGCUGCUGAGACGAGGCGUGGCUCCUACGGCCCAGCAAAAGGCAGAACGCGAGGCCCGCAUUGAAGACGCCGUCGACGAGCUGCGCCGUCUGGUGCUGUCCCGCGGCGGCCGCCGGCUGGAGCGCAGCGAGCUGUACAGCUGCUACGCGUGGAUCGGCGUCAGCGCCGGUGCCCUCGGCGACGUCGAACGCAUGUACCGCCGAGCGUAUGGAGGUGUGCAGCAGAUUGGGGCCUUUGACGAGGACGUCAUGCCGCCGCCCGCUACACCUGCGCACAAGAUUACAGUUCACCUCGACAACAGCAGCAGCAGCAGUCACGAGGAUGACAACCGCACCGAGUGGCCGCUCAAGAUGAGCGUGGCCAAGCCCCAGAGCAUCCCCGUCGGAGUCGUCAAGAUUGGCAAGCCGCCGACACCCAAGGCCCAUACCCCGGUCCUGAAGCUCAAGACCUCGUUUGACACUUCGUCAUCGGCAACCAUGCAAAAGCCAAGCGUCGUGAUCCGACCCAUUGCUGUCAAGGCCAACAAGGAAAAGUCCAUGGCUGGAGUUACCGAGCUCGCCAUUAAGAUUGACGCACUCUCCGACGACGAAGGCGACAACGAUGACAAGGACCGCCACAACAACGAAGGAGACGUGACUGCCCGACCUAUAGCUUCGGGCAUAUCUUUCUGGAACGGCAUUGACGAGCUGCUUGCGCCCCAGCAGCAGCAGCAGCAGCAGCAGCAGCAGCAGCAGCAGCAGCAGCAGCAGCAGCAGCGCGGUCAUGGCUCAGGAGGACACCAGGCCGCCUCAGAGUCGGUCGCCAUGUCACCCGUCAUUCAGAGGCUGCGCGCCAGCCAACAGCGCAUCGGACCCGCCACGCCCAAUGGCUACGAUGACAUUUCGCCCAUCACCCGCGGCGAGUGGGGAUUCCUCUUCACCGGCAAGGGCUGGACUGGUGGUCGGACGGCUGCCGUGGAGACUUGUUAG